UUCUAUUACUCACUCAAUGGCUCGCAACUAGUAGACGUGUAUUUGUUAUUCCCUUGCUAUAAUUGCGUUCAAGAUGGGUUUCUAGUACCUUAAGUUUGCACACCUGUGUGUGCCUUCACACGUUAUAAAAAAUGUUUGCCAUCAUGGCGCCCUCACCGGACAGCUUUGUCCUUCGACAACAAAUUUUAUCACCUUUAUCAUCGGAAUCUGAUCCUGCCGCACUUGCUAUUUCAUCUGUGAGUUUGCAUCUCUCCAACGAUGAGUGCGAAUCUAUGGGAUCAGUUGCCGGCUUCGGCCGGCGCCCUUCUUACUAAUGAAGAGUGCUUUAUGCUGCUCGAUGCUGACAUCGAUCUCUUCCAAAACAAUGACUAUGAUCUACUUAAAACCUUCCCAAACGCUGCACCGAAGACCGAACUGUACGACGGUUACCACGUACAGGACGACGGAGACGUGUCGAGCAGCCUGUACCCGCCGUCCCCGCCGGAGAUCAAGCCCAGUCGCGCUGAGCUCGCCAACGAUCUUCUGCAGCAGCUAGACAACAACUGCAAACAAGAGAAUAUCUUCUCCAACUGGUUGGAGGAGAAAGCGGAGCUUCCUAUCUACGACAACAUCUCGCACGUGGCGGAGCCGGCGCUGCCGCUGUCGCUGCCGGUGGCGCCCAGCUUCUCCGCCCCGCAGCCCACUGAGGAGCUCCUCAGGGAGUUCGAGACUGUGUAUGGCGCCGUCGAAUUGACUCAUCUGACUCCGCCACAAAGUCCUCCCGGACCUGCAACCCAAUUGUUGCUGAGUUACGUCCAACAAGCCCAAUGCGCCACGUAUGCUCCCGCUCUUCCCCUCGUGCCCUCACAAGACCAGUGGCCGGUGGCCGCCCCGCUGCAGGCGCCGCCCGCGGUGCCCGACUAUGACUGCGGGUUUGACGAUGUCGAGGAACUCGUCCGCCAUCGCGCCGCACAGCUCACUUCCCCGGAACACUCUGGAGGUAGCGCAAGCGUUUCUCCUCAAUCAUCACCACCUUCAUCACCGCGCUCAUCCUGCACUGAUGAUGAGUGGUCCACGCCUUCAAGGCCAAAACCAUACUCGCGCCCCUCGGACGACCGUCGCUCUCGCAAGAAGGAGCAAAACAAAAAUGCUGCCACUCGUUAUCGCCAGAAGAAAAAGGCUGAGAUUGAGGACCUUCUGAACGAGGAGCAGCAGAUGCGUGAGCGGAACUCCAAGCUCAGCGACAAAUGUUCCGACUUACAGCGUGAGAUUCGUUACCUUAAAGGAUUAAUGCGUGACCUUUUUAAAGCUAAAGGUCUAAUUAAAUAAAACCCCAGCGCCGCCACCUCCAGAGCACGGAAACUGUCAAUAUUGCGCGAAAGUGAAGCGCACAUUGUGAACACUGUUCAUAAAGAAGAUUUAGGAGUUUUGUAUAUUUUUGAUGAUAACUAACAUUAAGAUAUAUUGAUAUUACUUGUUUGUCGGAUAAGCAGAUCUAAACUUAAAUCGAGCAGCACUAAUCAUUCACUUCAUUAGUAGAAGGUUACAAAAUAACAUCAGAGAAAAUAAAAGGUGGCGCCUUUCACAUCUUUCAUUUUUCUUUAUUUUUAGAGGAUAGGUUGCAUUCAUUGAAAAGAAAAUAUCUACGUACCGCGAGCUUAUCAUUCGCGAUUGUUCUUAUAUAUUUUAUGUACAUAACAUCAGAUUUUAAAUCAAAUAUUAUAUGCAAAAUCCAAGACGAGCAUUUUUUGUUGAUCUAUGAAUUUUUGAUUUUAUGUUUUCUUUCAAUAUAAGGAAUGCGACGGCGGA